AUGAGUGAUGACGACUCGAAUAAUGAUAUUGAUGAUGAUAUUGCUAUCGAUCAAUCAUGUUCGUUAUCAGAUUCGACUCGCCGAUGUACAAUUUAUAUUGUAGAUGCAGCUGAUAAAAUGUUUCAAUAUCAGUCUGAUGGCAAAUUUUGUGAUUUUAAACGUGCACUGAAGAUAGUUCGUUUACAAAUGGUUAACAAGGCUGUAACAUCGAAUAAAGGGGAAUAUAUUUCAAUUAUCUUCAUUAACACUGUGAAACGUUCUGAUUCGGUUGAUAAUGUAGUAAUUUUUCAAAAUAUUGAGGAAAUCAAUGCUGAUCAUGUUAAACAUUUGGAUAAAUUAUAUAAAUCAGCAUUUUAUAAUAAUAAAAUUUUUUUCGAUGAUUUAUCAAACGCUAUUUAUAAUAUUUGUGGUGGCAGUGGAAAAGCGGAUUUUAGCGAAGUACUUUUUCUUUGCAUGAAAAUGAUUGCUUCUUGCAACACUUCAUUUUAUAAAAAAGUUGUAUAUUUCUUCACAAAUGAAUGUCAGCCAUUCGGAUUAAGCGAACGGCAUUUAAAAUCAGCUGCAAAAAAUGCCGAAGAUCUUCGUAAACAUGGCAAUGAUUUUGCAAUUUUUCCAUUAAUUACCGCAGAGCAAAAAUUAUCUUCAGAUUUCAAUACUUUACAACAGCUUGAUCCCAAUGUCGAAGAGAACUGGGAAAAUAUUGCAGAACUAGAAGAAGACAUACCAAGGAAACAAUAUGCUAGAAGGAAUAUUUGUGGAAUUGAUUUUUCUCUUGAUGAAGGCCUCAAAUUCUCAGUAGGAAUAUAUUCACUGAUUCGGCCCGAAAAACUACCUAAAGCUAUUGCACUGGAUGCAGAAACUAAUGAAGUUGUUCAAAGAACUCAUAUUUAUGUAAAUGAAAAGACUAAUAUAGAAGUUCCUCUACUUGAUGGAGAGAUAAUGAGGCGAAAAUUCAUUGGUGGUACUGAAGUAAAUUUAACUGCUCAUGAAGUGGAACUCCUAAGACGUCUUACACCUCCAGGCUUAGUUUUACUUGGUUUCAAACCAAUUUCAUGUUUGAAAAUUUCUCACCAUAAAAGAAGCUCGCAAUACGUUUAUCCACUUGAAUCUAAUGCAAUUGGUUCAACUCGACUAUAUCGUGCAUUAUAUGAUGUUUGUUUACGCCAAAAUAAGAUGAUAAUAUGUAGGUACACACAGAAAGAAAAUGUUCCACCAAAACUGGUCGCACUGGUUCCUCAAGCGCCUGUAACAGAAAAUGAUCAAUCAUCGAAAAUGAGCGCAAAAUUUCGCUAUCCUGGCUUUCACUUGGUUUAUUUGCCGUUUGCUGAGGAUAAACGCGAUCUAUCUGAGUAUCUUUGCCAUCCUUAUGGAGAAUGGCCCAAAGCCAAUGAUUUCCAAAUUGAUUGUGCGAGGCAGUUUGUACGAAAACUCACCUCUAAUUAUUUCCCUGAAAAAUUCGCCAAUCCUGUCUUACAAAAACAUUAUAAGGUUAUCGAAGCAUUUGCUUUGGAUUAUGAUGAUCUGGAAGAGUUUCCAGACCAAACGCAACCUUAUUUUACUAACGAUGCUUUUCGAAAAAGAGUGGAAACUGAAUUAUCGAGGUUGGUCUCUUCUACAUUACCACCGAAUUACUUCGCAAAUUUAAAAUUCAAACCGAAAGUUUCAAAAAAAUCACAUCAUUCAGGUGAAUUUGAAGAAAUUUUGAUGUUUUUUUUUUUUUAG